AUGACAGUGACAUUGCCAUUAAAGUUUAACGCAGGAAAGGUAGAUUACAAUGAGGAUACCGGUGUAUACACGCCGCUAAACGGACCAGGAGAGAUCGUAGUUGACCACAGUCCUGAGGGCGAAGGGUGUUACUCCUUCACAUGGAGACCCCGUCAAAGCACGUCAUCCGCAGCGGACGAGUUGCUUGUCUUUGAGGGUGAUGUGGUGUGGCAGAAGAUAAAUUCAUGCAAGAGCGGGAGGGUAUACAUGUUGGCGUUCUUGAGUUCAGGUGCCAAAAACCUCUACUGGAUGCAGGAUGUGAACGACGACGGCGCCGGGGAGGACGACGAGGAUCUCCUUUCCAAAGACUCCAAGCAGGAUUUGGAGAUUGCUAGCAAACUAAGGGGACUCCUCUGUGAACAGUCUGAGUAG